UACAUUAUCGUGCUCGACAUCGGCAUCUUCGUCACCGGCUUCGGCAAGAUCGCCAUCGGCCUCACCAUCCUGCGCGUCCUCGGCACCACCUCGCAGUGGCAGCGCUGGACCAUCUAUGUCACCCUCUUCCUGACGGUGGCCACCUGCAUUAUUGACUUUUGCAUCUCAACCUUCCGGUGCGGAAACCCCAGCAACACCUGGACGAUCGAGUCGUGGCAGACCGCCACGUGCGUGAGCGUCGACACGCAGACAGACAUCAACAUCUUUGCCAACUCGGUCCAGUGCUUCGCCGACUUCGCCUUUAGCGUGCUGCCCAUGGCGGUCGUGUGGCAGCUGCGCCUGCCCAUGCGCAAGAAGCUGUUCCUCGUCAUUGCGCUAGGCCUGACGCUCGUGACGGGCACGGCGGCCAUCAUCAAGACCGUGUUCGCCGCCACGAUGGACCAGGCAGACAUCACCUACACCAUCUUCCCGUCCCUGGUGUGGUUCUCGACCGAGUCGAUGCUGAUCAUCGUCUGCGGAUCCGUGCCGAGCCUGUACCCGCUCUACGAGCGGCACGUC